AUGAAAAAAGAUUUAAAAUCUCCUUCAGGAUGGAAAACAAAAGGUUAUAUUCCUAUAAUUUUAAAACCUCAAGAAGAUUAUAAAAUUAUUAAAGAAGCAAAGUUUGAUAAAGGAAUGAUGUUAGGUUACAGAUUAUUUCCUCCGUAUAUUGAUAAAUCAACUGAAGAUAUUUAUCAAUUACCAAAUAUUCAUACUCAUUCUUGUGGUGAAUUAACUUAUGAUUCUGAAAAUUCUGGUAUUAAUGAAAAAGAAUUAGAUGAAAAUGUUUCGAAAAAUUUAAAAUUUAUAAAUGGUAUAAAUGAUAAUAUAGAUGAUGAAAAUAUAGAUAGAAAUAUAGAAGCGAAUAGAAAUGAUGAUAUUUAUUUGGAUUUUAAUGGGAAUAGAAAUGAUGAUAUUUAUUUGGAGUAUAAUGAUUACAUUGGUAAUAGACAAGAUUAUAAUGAUGAUAAUAUAUCUCAUUAUUCUUUAUCUGAUCAGGAAGAUAUGCCACAAACUCCAGGAAGCGUAUCUUAUCCAAUCAAUAUAAUAAAUAGUAAUAGAAAUAAUGACGAAACUUUGGAUUCUCCUAAUUCAAAUUCAAAGGUUUUAAUUUGUAAUGAAAUCGAAUUUAUUUAUUUAACUAUUCCAAAAGAAUCUUUAUUAGAAUUAAUGGAUUCUUUGGAUCGUCUUUCUGACGAUGAUAUCCGAAGUGGUUCAUCACCUGGAUUUGGUUUUGGAGUUGAGGGUACUUUAAAAGGGAUAUUUUAUAAAAUCAUAAAAGUAGAAGAUAAAGUUGGAUUUGCGUACCAACGUCGAUUGUCGGGUGAAUUUAAUUAA